CUUGACUGUCUCUCUUCUGCGAUCUGUGAAAACAUCACAAGACCCUUAUAAUACAGCACACUCAACUUUGCAUGAUUUUCUGUGUGUUUCUAGAGGACAGAGAUUUCUCUGGAUCAUCUACUGGACACUGAUAUUUGUCAGAUUUUCUAUGUAUUUCUACUAAAGGAAAGACAAGCCAGGAAGAAGAGACCAUUCUUAGUUGAAGCUCUUGAAGAAGUAAUAAAAUCCAGCCUCAGACUGAGUAAAGGGUGAUUUGUUCCUUAACUUUGUUCUUCUGUUGCAUCGAGAUGAGUGCGAUCCCGAAAAAAAAAAAAGUUGGAAAAAAAGUUGGAAAAAAAAAAAUCUUUGUAAAAAACACUAAAUCUUCUGUAAAUACUAAAACCACUCUUGAGAAAGGAGGAAGAAACCCACCUAAUGUCACUUUAGAUUUUGUGCUUGAGGAUUUGUUAACAUAUUUUAAUGUUAAGAUCUUGCAUGAAACUAAAAAAGAGAUUGAAAAGAAAUAUGACAUUAACAAGGAGUGUGAUGAUUGCUGGCCAGAGGAUGAUAUUAAACGAGCUUGGGGAAAAGCACGAAGAAUUGAUAAAGAUUUAAGAAGAAAGCGCUGGUCUGUUGUGAUAGUGCUGCAGCUAUUAAAAAUACAAAAAGAAAAGAAGAGUCUAGUCUGAAUGAGAGUGGACAUUUAGUCCAAAGAUGCACAGAGUUGAGUUUGAAAGAUAUGCAUGACCAAAUGAAAGCUGAAAGAGAGAAUGGAAGAGGGAAAAAUUGUCUUCGGUCAACGGAUGAUAUAAGUCAAGCUCAAAGCAGUGCUGCACCAAAUAUAGUGGUAGCUGCUAAAGGAGUUAAGCAACAAACAACAAACAGAAAUCAAGGGCAAACAGGUAGUGUCAGUCAGUGCCAAACUAGGACACCAUUUCAGCCCACGAGACAGUCCAGUGGGAAUGAUCCUGGUGCUCCCAAUGACCAGUCCGGGAUUGAUUUCAGUGCAGCAUCAGAAUCAGAAACAGGAGCAAAGAAGCGUGGUCCCAUCUACAUACGUAUCCCGCUCACAGAAAUGUUUGACAAGAACAAAACCUCUGCUCCACCAAAACCAGGUUCACCUUUUAAUUCUGUAUAUAAAUUAAUAGAUUGUUCUCCCCAGGCAGAAAAAAAUGAUAAUAAAAAAAGUAACAAAAUAAUUAAAAAACAAUUUUAUGUCAUGUCAUACGACAAAGAGAAAAAUAAUUCUGAAUGGGUGUAUGAGAUAUUGAAUGUGAGUACUUUACCUUCAUAUUAUAAGAAACCAACAUUUAGAGACUCAGACUCAGACUCUGACUACAAACUAUCUAACAGCAAUCCAUUUAAGAGCACAGGCUAUGAUCGUGGUCAUCUUGCUGCUGCUGCCAAUCACACAUGGUGUCAGGAAGCCUAUAAAAAGACUUUUUUGAUGUACAACAUAACACCACAGUAUAGUAACUUCAACAGAGGCAAGUGGAAGAAGUUAGAAGAAUACUGUCGAAAGAAAAUAAUCAGCGAAACAGUCCGUAAUGUGCAUGUGUACACUGGACCACUUUACCUGAAAGAAACAGAAAAUGUGGGAGAGAAAGUAGUGCCAUCUCACUUCUUUAAGGUGGUAAUUGUGGAGAAAGAGGGUGAAGACAUAGAGCUAGAAUGCUAUACGUUGCCCAAUGAGAAAUCAAAAGACAAUGAAAACAGUGAAGAAGAUACAGAAAAUGAUUGGUUAAAUCCCUAUAAGGUAGACAUUACAGAUAUUGAGAAAAUGUCUGGCCUGAAGUUUACAGAAAGCUGUCCUGAAUUGACAAAGGAGGACUAUACAAGGACGGCAACAUGGAUGGGAAACAAAGGGAAAAAAAGUGUUACAAUAGAUGUCACAAUAAGCUCCUGUAAGAAAAAUUAUGAGGAUCCCCAAGGUUUUAAUGAAGAAUAAUUUGCAUUGCAGCAUAGCAGUGACAAAGUACUUUGGAUUCAGCUGAGUCAGCGAACCCGAACAUCCUAAACGCAAACCUUUUAUACUGUUACAGUUUACUACCCUUAAGGUACAUGAAGUUGGUCCUGUCGUAACAGCUGUGAUCUGUAUCUUAAUGAACCUUUUGAGCUUAAAUGCUAGAAAUAAGUUAUGUAGACAAAUUAUAUUUAUGUAUUUCUUUAUAAAACUUCUGUAUUCUUUUUUUUUUUUUCAUAUAUAAACUUAAAGCAAACAGCACAGGAAAGCAGCGCAUCACUGUGUAAAAGCUAAAAAGCAUCCAGUGUGAAAGCAUUAUGAAGUGUUUUUGAGGGAAUGCAAUUUUUUUCUAUAAUUAUAUGUAUAUAUAGUUAUACUUAAAUCACAUUCUUCAACUUUGUGUUUCAAGUUCUAAAGAGUUUUUUAUCAUUUUGUGGAAAAACACAACAACAUGUAUCUGAGUGUUAUCAUUCAGUGAGUCAGUGAGUUCAGUGUGUUUCAAUAAGCAGUUAGAUAUUUGCUCAAAUUUAUGUCAUAUCUAAUUCGCUGUACUGUUCCUUUUGUGCUGUGUAAUUGUUUUUUGCAAGACAAAAGCACACUUUUUCCUUCACUGUGACAUAUACAUAUAUAAAUAAAAGAAAAUAAAACCAAAAAAUCUGACUAUUUUUUGUCAGGCCAAUUAUUAUGGAGGAUGAAACCUGCGAAAAUGAUAAAUAAAUGAUAAAUAAAUAAAUAAAUAAUGUACUUGUAUAUACAUUAUUAAUAAAUUUAUGUUUAUAAAUAAUAAA